AUGGCUUCCAACAGUUUUCGAGACUCCAUCAACUCCCUGGGCUGGAGCCGGCGACAGGAGGCGCCCAUCACGACGUCUCAGCAGUCAUCCGGCCUCCUGUCUUCUCUGCAGAAUCUGAACCCUUUCCAGGAUCGCGGAUACACUGUCCUUCCCACCUCAGAAGGUCCAGGAGCACCACUGCCGGCACCCACUCGGCGUGAGGAGGAGGAAGGCUGGUUUGUGCUAAGUCGAUGGGACCGCAUGCUGGUAUUCGCCUUUUGCAAUCUGGCUGCCGCUGCCUGUUUCGUCAUCUGCUUCACCCUGUUCCCUGUCCUUUCUCUGAGACCACGCAAAUUUGUGAUAUUAUGGACAGUCGGUUCGGCGCUCUUCCUGGCGUCCUUUGCUGCCAUUAUGGGCCCAAUGAACUACGUCUACCACCUGUUCUCGGCUCCGAGACUGCCAUUUACCGCUGCCUACUUUGGCUCCAUCACAUUGACGUUGGUGUUCUCUAUCAAGCUUCAUAGCACUAUCCUCACCCUCUUUGCCGCCCUGGUUCAACUCGCCGCAUUGCUUUGGUAUCUUGUCAGUUAUUUCCCAAUGGGCUCCACGGGAUUGCGCUUGGCUACUUCUUUCGGCGCAAGGCAGGCCACCGCGUGGCUGUCGGGGUGA